AUGAGUCGUCGGGAUUCUGGAGGAAGUGAGCGAGUAAGGGACGAGGAUGUUGAGAGGCAAGGUCGACCCAAGAAUGAUGGUAUUGGUUCAGAACAAAAGACAAUAAUAAAACUGGCAAUUGGGCAGGUCAAUCACCCUUUGAUGAUGAAAAUUAUUUCCAAAACGCCGAGGUGGUUCCAGUACUUCCAUUGGGAUGUGGCGUUUUUAGUGGUGUGUGUAGUUGCAGUAGCAGUGGACCCUUUGUUCUUUUAUCUUCCUGUCAUCAACGAGGCUACCAAAUGCAUUACUAUAGAUACCACUUUGGAAAUCAUUGCUAUUUGUGUGCGAUCGGUCCUGGAUUUGGUUGCUUUAGGGGAUUUGGUUGCUCGGUCAAGAGCAAGCAGUGUCGAUGACUGUUACUCGAGGUCAGACUACGUAAUUAACAUCCUCGGCAUUCUUCCAGUCCCCCAGAUUCUAGUGCCAAUUAUAUUUUCUGAAAUGAGAGGUUCGAAAUUCCGGCACGGAAGGAAAUUUCUAAAUGCAGUUGUUCUUUUGCAAUAUGUUCCAAGACUUUUCCGUAUCUACAGAUUGUGGAAAAUAGUCAACCAGACUAUCAUCCUACCUAAGAGUAGUACUACUAGUACCAGUGUUAAAGCAGUGAAUGCAGAAAUCUACAAGAAUAUGAUGAUGAUCCAACCCAAAGGUUUUGUAGUGAUGAAAGCUGGAUUCAACCUCUUUCUGUAUCUCGUCGCCAGUCAUGUACUGGGUGCUUUUUGGUACUUCUUCUCCAUCGAACGAGAGACCACGUGCUGGCACGUGGCCUGUAAGAAUGAUACAGGAUGUAGCAAGACUUCUUUUAACUGUGGUGGUUCUAGCAAUAACACAUCUUUAAAUGAUUAUUGCUCUAUAGAAAAAAAAAUAAAUACAACUCUCAGCUUUGAUUAUGGAAUAUUCAAAGAAGCCCGUCAAUCUGGUAUUCUGGAGUCCAAGGAUUUUCCGCGAAAGACCAUGUUCUGUUUUUGGUGGGGCCUGCGAAAUUUGAGGUUCGUGCCUGAUACAUAUAAUCAUACAUGCAUUUUGUUCCUUAAAACUUAA